GUUGCAGGUUUUUUUGGAUACAUCAUGUUUUCACAUGUAUGGGAGGGGACAGAACCAUCAUUCCAGGACAUCAAUGUAGUCAAAUCUGUGUGGAACCUCCUGGGCAUGCCCCAAAAUGAGAAGCUAUGCAAUUUCUGCAAGGAGACACAAAGACUUGGCUACAAUUGGGCAUGGCCAGAUAUAUGUUGUAUUGACAAGUCCACAAGUUCCAUCCUCAAUCAAUCUCUUAUGUCCAUGUAUAAAUGGUAUGUGGAUUUAGCAGCCUUGCUUGUAUUCCUUGCUGGUGUAGCACACCCAUCCAAGCCCAGGGACCUUACACAUAGUUUAUGGAUGAUGCAAGCAUGGACUUUGCAAGAACUGCUCUCACUGAAAGUCAUCUUUUCCUAUGACUCUGAGUGGAAACCAUACCUCAGCAAUACUAGCACAAACCACAAGGAAUCCCCAGAGAUCAUGCAAGAGCUUGCAGAUGCUAUCAAGAUUCCCCACAGAACCAUUGUCACAUUCUCUCCAGAUGAUCUCAGUGUACAUGAGAAGCUUCAUCUUGCUUCAUUGCAUAAUGCAACAGUCGAGGAAGACAUUGCAUACUCUCUCAUCAGUAUAUUCAAGUCUGACAUCAGGCCUCACUACAGACAAUGA